ACUUUACUAACAGCUCGAACAGCUGAUAAACGAAAGAACACCAAAUUGCUGAUCAGCGAUCAGUUGUUUUCAACCAAAAAUUCGUUCGUACGAAAAUGAUGUUCGCACUGAGAACUUUAUUAAAACCCAAUAUAAAUAUAACGCUUCGUACUAUUGCAACGAGCAGAGGUACACCCACUGCUGUGCGUAUUGUCGAAGUUGGACCAAGAGAUGGUCUACAGAAUGAACCAAAAUUAUUGCCCACCUCAGUAAAAAUUGCAUUAAUCGACAAAUUGUCCGAGACAGGCCUACGUACCAUUGAGGCCACAUCCUUUGUUAGCCCAAAAUGGGUGCCUCAAAUGGGCGACAAUGCGGAAGUACUGCGUAGCAUACAAAAGCGAGCGGGUAUCAGUUAUCCAGUGUUAACGCCUAAUCUAAAAGGUUUCGAAAGCGCUCUAAAUGCGGGUGCAACCGAAGUUGCCGUCUUUGGUGCGGCUUCCGAUUCCUUUUCAAUGAAGAAUAUAAAUUGCACCGCAGCUGAGAGUAUCAAACGCUUCCAACCGAUCAUAGAGGCGGCACAAAAGGCUGAAGUUAAAGUACGCGGCUAUGUAUCUACUGUGGUUGGGUGUCCUUAUGAGGGCGCGGUGAAACCUAGUGCUGUUGCAAAAAUAGUUGACGCACUUUUCAGUAUUGGUUGUUAUGAGAUAUCUUUGGGUGACACCAUCGGCGUAGGUACACCUGGUUCUAUGCGCCGCAUGUUGGAUGAAGUAGUGAAAGUUGUGCCGCCGGAGAAAUUGGCAGUGCACUGUCAUGACACCUAUGGGCAAGCGUUAGCCAACAUUCUUGUCUCCUUAGAAUAUGGUGUAGCAGUUGUUGAUUCCUCAGUGUCGGGCCUUGGCGGUUGUCCAUAUGCAAGCGGUGCCUCCGGCAAUGUGGCCACAGAAGAUGUAGUUUAUAUGUUGCAUGGAAUGGGCAUUGAAACAGGCGUAGAUCUAGAGAAGUUAAUAGCGGUCGGUCGCUACAUAUGCAAUGAAUUGGGCCGUCAAUCCGAAUCUAAAGUGAACCGUGCGUGGAAGCGUGUGAAACCACGAUAAUGUUGCAUUUAUUCAACUAGCUUUACUAGUCUAUGCAUUUAUUUUAGUUGUAAAAAUAAAUAUAAACUUCAAUCCAGCGAACAAUUUCAGAAUAUGUAAAAGUACAACUAUUAUUAAAAAAAAAAAAAAAAAAAA